GUUUGUUAGACUUUACACAAUUCAAUCCUCAUAACCUCACUUCUAAAGGAGGUACAUUUUUAAUUAGAAAAUUAGCAAUAAAAGAGACUUACAGACAUUAGAGUAGAGAUAAGAAAAUAUGUCAAGUGUAAAACAUAUUGUUUUAACAGGCUUUCCUGGUGUAGGAAAAACAACAUUAAUAAAAAAGGUCUGCGAUGCUUUAAAAGCUGAGAAUGUGUGUAAAAUAGAUGGAUUUUAUACCGAAGACGUAAGAAAUGAAACUGGUUCAAGAAUAGGUUUUGAUAUUGUUACUUUAGGAGGUAAAAGGAGAAGACUCUCUAGAACUUUAGAAUAUGUUGAACCAGGUAAUGAAAGCAAAUAUAAAGUUGGCCAGUAUACAGUAUUCCUAAAUGAGUUUGAAAGUGUUGCUCUACCAACCUUUGAAAGUGAAAAUGAGAUUAUUGUCAUAGAUGAAAUAGGAAAAAUGGAAUUGUUCAGUGAAAAUUUUAAACAAAAAGUAGUUAAAACUUUUAAGGACCCUAAAAAAAUUAUAAUAGCCACCAUACCAGUUGCAAAAGGAAAACCAAUCUCUCUUGUUGAAAAUAUAAGAAGCAGUGACAGCACUCAUUUAAUUACAGUAAACAAAAACAACAGAAAUAACUUAUUAAAUGAGAUUGUAUCACAUGUAAAAAGUUGCUUAUAAAUUUAAUAAUUUUGUUUGUAUAACCAACCAACUUAGGAAUUUCUUAUUUUUUCUGUUUUUUUUUAUUGAAGUUUAUAAUGAGAUAAAAGUAGGAACAUAUCUUUAAUUCAUUUGUACUAUGAUUAAGAAAUAAAUAAAUAAAUAAGAAUAUU